CUGAUCACUUCCUGCCACCUGGACCUUGUACCGGAGGAGCCACAGGAUCCACUGUCAGAACUCAAACAAGGAGGCCAAAAUGCAGGGCCAAAAUUCAGGGAAAAUACUGCCGAAGCUGUGCAUAUGCGGUACUUGCAGGAAUUGCCAUCAUCUUGUCCAAUCAUGAAGCAAAACAGCUCCAGCCAGCCCAAUUGAGCUCAAUCGCCACGCUCUCCGGUUGCAAUCCUUGCUUUGCUCAAACAACUUUGCGCGCCACGAUCUUGCAAAGCGAUCCGCAAUUGCCUUAGCCAUGGCUGCUUCCAACGGGGCCCUGUUUUUGGUUGGCGCGCUCCUGAUCUGCUGCGUUUUUGUAGCUCCGGCGCUCGCGCAGGGCCCUGCGGCGGCCCCCACCAGCCCGGUCCUUCCAGGAAACUGCUCUGCGCCGUCCACAAGAUAUGUCGCUGCAAACAAGGACACUGUGAGAUGGGGCUUCUACGAUCUCUUCAAGGACCCUGUUGCAUAUGUCCAGUCAGGGGACAUCAUUACGGUGGAGGUGAUCACACACGAGGCGGGGAACGAGUACGCCAAAAUGAUCCAGGGUGAUCCUGGCAUUGAAGACAUUUACUACUGGCCAACCAAUACAAGUGUCACUGAGAAGAAUGUACCGCAAUAUCCUGGGUCUGGCGCUCACAUCGUGACCGGGCCAAUAUACGUUUGCGGAGCGGAGCCAGGCGACGUACUUCAGGUGGAGAUCCUGUCUAUUAAGCCCCGCCUCAACCCGGUGAGCGGCAAGUGCUACGGUGUGAACCGCAUCGCCAACUUCGGGUACAUUGCGCGGCCCGACGUGGGUCACCGUGACGGCACCCCGUGGAACGACUCCACCAUCACCGUAUACGAGAUCAACGAGGACAAGGAGGGCUGGUGGGCGACUCCCCAGUACCAGUUCACGGUGCCAAAAACGAUCGACCCCGCAGGCCGCGGCAACCUGCCCAUGCAGAACGUGGAUGGGGGGGUCAUCGUCCCGCACGCCGUCGACUAUGGAGUGAACAGCAACGCAAAGAUCACGUACCCCGUAGGCUUCCAGACAAUCCUGAACCAGAGUGACCCCAUCGCAUACACCGCGGCGGCAGACCUCGACUUCCGCAUCCCCCUGCGCCCGCACACCGGAGUCAUGGGUGUCAUGCCUGCAAACGGCCAGAACUACCUUAAGGGCGCUCCUAACGGGACAAUGGGCGCCAACACCAUUCCCCCCAGCCGCUUUGGAGGGAACGUCGACGACUGGAGGAUCGGCGCGGGGGCGACCAUGUACUACACAAUCGAGGAGCCCGGUGCUAAGUUCGUGAUUGCUGACACUCACGCUGCCCAGGGCGACAGCGAGCUGUCCGGCACCGCGAUCGAGACGUCCAUGACGGUCACGGUCCGCAUCACGACCAUCAAGCAGGCGGACCUGCCGCCCGAAGUCAGCAAGCUCACCUUCCCGCUGCUCGAGACCGCCACCGAAUACGUCGUGCACGGGUACAAUUACCUCAACUAUUUGGACGAGUUGCCGGUUCCCAGCACGGUUGGCUCCCCCGGUUUCGGCGACGACCUGAAUCUCGCCUUCAAGAACGCGUUCAACGAGACGCGCUCUUUUCUGAUGGACCUGUUCGCGCUAACGGAGAACGAAGCCGUCACCAUCAUGAGCACCGCCGUCGAUUACAGCAUCAGCCAAGUGGUCGACGCCAACUGGGGCGUCCACGGCAGCAUCCGCAAGAGCAUCUUCUCGCGGCGCGUGGGCAACCGCAAGCUGCUGGAGUUCUACGCGCAGUCGCACGGAAUUGAACGCUCGUCGACGACCCUGCUCGACACCGCGCGCGCGCGCAACGCGCUCAAGGCGAGGGCGGCCGCGGCCUGGAGCCUGCCCGCGAUGCUGCGCCGCCUGUUGUAAAUGUCUCGUAGUGAGUCCAUUGUCGAUUGCGCGGUUAGGUGAACGGUAAUCGGAGGGAUGAAUGGAAAGAGGAAUGGGCAAUGCGGCGCAAGGGAAGGGGACGGUUCUUAGAGAGGGGAUCAUGUCCAGCCGGUUAGCGUUUAAAAUGGCCGGUGAUGAACGUGGAAACGAAGAGAAAACAUGAAAAGAUGAAACAUGGAGACAGCCGUCGUGGGUCGCGGGUCGUGGGUCUAAGCACGGACAGCUGUUGAAGCGAGGAUCGGGUCGGGGAUAAUGAUGUGAUCUUCGUUGGGCCAGCAGGGCUAGGGGCACUGUGGCUUACAUCUCGUGUACACCCGGCCUGCCCCCCUUGUUGUCAAGUCGGACGUUAACUUAUUCCAGCAGAAUAUUUUAUGGAGACAACUUGUUCGAAUAAAACACCUUAUUCUUCGAUAGGCGUCAUUGCCCACGGUGAACCUGUGUGACUAGCAGUUCUGCAAUCAGAUGUUGGUUUGGCUUCUUAGUGCGAGCAGAAGAGCGGAUAGGGUUAGAUUGCUUUCCGAGCUUGAAGGCGAAUAGAAGCCUAGGUAGUGUGCACAAAUUGGGGCUGACAACGUGGAACAGAAGACGUCAGCACUACUGAUGCACACACUCGGUCACAGUGGUAGCAGGAAUGGCCGGGAUCCUUCGUAAUGCGCUUCGCUA